GUGGCGGUGGAAGCGGCGGUGGCGGUGGCAGCGGCGGUGGCGGUGGAAGCAGCGACGAGCUGAAUGGUCUUAAAAUGGUUGAACCAAUGGAAGAAGGGGAACCAUAUUCCUACCAUCAGGAUGAAGAAAAUAUUAAAGAAAUUCCUAUUACCCAUCAUGUAAAAGAAGGAUGUGAGAAGGCAGAUCCUGCUCAGUUUGAGUUACUCAAAGUUCUUGGUCAGGGAUCAUUUGGAAAGGUUUUUCUUGUAAAGAAGAUCAUCGGUCCUGAUGCUGGGCAGCUUUAUGCAAUGAAAGUAUUGAAAAAAGCAUCUUUAAAAGUUCGAGAUAGAGUUCGUACAAAGAUGGAGAGGGAUAUACUUGUAGAAGUAAAUCAUCCAUUUAUUGUCAAAUUGCACUAUGCCUUUCAGACUGAAGGGAAGCUGUAUUUAAUACUGGAUUUUCUCAGGGGAGGAGAUGUAUUUACAAGAUUAUCCAAAGAGGUUAUGUUUACAGAGGAAGAUGUGAAAUUCUACCUCGCAGAACUUGCCCUUGCUUUGGAUCAUCUGCACAGUCUGGGGAUUGUGUACCGGGACCUGAAGCCAGAAAACAUUUUGCUUGACGAAGCAGGACAUAUCAAGUUAACAGAUUUUGGACUCAGUAAAGAAUCUGUAGACCAAGAAAAGAAGGCAUACUCAUUUUGUGGUACAGUUGAAUACAUGGCUCCUGAAGUAGUAAACAGGCGAGGCCAUUCCCAGAGUGCUGAUUGGUGGUCAUUUGGCGUGUUAAUGUUUGAAAUGCUUACUGGUACUCUGCCUUUUCAAGGGAAAGACAGAAAUGAGACCAUGAAUAUGAUAUUAAAAGCAAAACUUGGAAUGCCUCAGUUUCUUAGCCCUGAAGCACAAAGUCUUCUAAGGAUGCUAUUCAAAAGAAAUCCUUCAAAUAGAUUAGGAGCUGGUACAGAUGGUGUUGAAGAAAUCAAAAGACAUCUUUUCUUUUCAACUGUUGACUGGAAUAAAUUAUAUAGAAGAGAAAUUCAACCUCCAUUCAAACCUGCUUCUGGAAAACCAGAAGAUACUUUUUGUUUUGAUCCUGAAUUUACUGCAAAAACACCCAAAGAUUCUCCUGGAGUUCCACCCAGUGCUAACGCGCAUCAGCUUUUUAAAGGAUUUAGCUUUGUUGCAACUUCUACCAUAGAAGAUCAGAAAAUUUCUCCCCUCACAAAUAUAUUGCCAAUUGUACAGCAACUACAUGGAAACAGUGCACAAUUUAAUGAUGUGUAUGAACCAAAGGAGGAUAUUGGUGUUGGCUCCUAUUCUGUUUGUAAACGAUGUAUACACACAGCUACCAACAUGGAAUUUGCAGUGAAGAUAAUUGACAAAAGUAAAAGAGAUCCCUCCGAAGAAAUUGAGAUUUUGAUGCGUUAUGGACAGCACCCCAACAUCAUCACUUUAAAGGAUGUCUAUGAUGAUGGCAGAUACGUUUACCUUGUUACUGAACUGAUGAAGGGAGGAGAACUACUUGAUCGUAUUCUCAGACAAAAAUUUUUUUCAGAACGGGAGGCUAGUGAUGUCCUGUAUAUAAUAACUAAGACGGUUGACUACCUUCACUGUCAAGGAGUGGUUCAUCGGGACCUUAAGCCUAGUAAUAUUUUAUAUAUGGAUGACUCGACUAAUGCUGAUUCUAUUAGGAUCUGUGAUUUUGGGUUUGCUAAACAACUUCGAGGAGAAAAUGGACUUCUCUUAACUCCAUGCUAUACUGCCAACUUCGUAGCACCUGAGGUUCUCAUGAGGCAAGGUUAUGAUGCUGCUUGUGAUAUUUGGAGUUUGGGUGUCCUGUUUUACACGAUGCUGGCCGGAUAUACUCCUUUUGCUAAUGGUCCCAAUGAUACUCCUGAAGAAAUAUUGUUACGGAUAGGUAGUGGAAAAUUCUCUCUAAGCGGUGGCAACUGGGACACUGUUUCAGACACGGCAAAGGAUUUGCUAUCCCACAUGCUUCACGUCGACCCACAUCAACGGUAUACUGCUGAACAAGUAUUAAAACACUCCUGGAUAGCCUGUAGGGACCAGCUACCGCAUUAUCAGCUCAACAGGCAAGAUGCACCACAUCUAGUAAAGGGAGCGAUGGCUGCUACAUACUCCGCACUGAAUCACAAGACGUUUCAGCCAGUCUUAGAGCCUGUCGCUGCUUCGAGUUUAGCUCAACGGAGGAGCAUGAAAAAGCUAACAUCCACAGACUUGUAAGAUUGCCAAACUGGAGGAAGGGAAAAUCUGAGGAAUGGCUCUCUCUUCUCUCUACCUAAUCAGUGAUCAAAAGCAUAUAUAUAGUUUUCUUCUACACUACUUGAAAAUUCUGUAUGAGUCCUUUUUUUAGAAAAAAAAUUUUAAAAAUCACCACAGGUCCACAAAAUUCAUACGAUGUUGUUUUGCAGCAGUGUCUGUGUGUUUAACUUAAACACUAGGGUAUGAUGAGACCCUAAAGAAUCCCUGCAAACUGACCGCUUAAAAAUUUGUUUCAGCUGUGGAUAUAUUAUUAAUGACUUCUCUGGUUUGGGGGCAACCAUUUCCAGUGACCAGGUUGCACUGAAAGAUGUAUAAUGCCAGGCAGUAUACAUUGAUUACAUUGAUACAGUAUGAUUCAUUGAACCCUGCUAGAAAACUUUUUGGUUUGUGUCAUUUUAAACAAGUAUAGAAACUUGUCAUUUUCCAUAAUCAAUGGGCUCCAUUUAACUCUCUGUAGCUGCCAAAGUAUAGACUUGGCAAUUUGGUGCCUGCUCAAACCACAUUAGUGCUAGUGUGAGAAUCUCCCAGUAGACCCGGUGCGAAGACUCAACACGAGGAUCGGCUAAGACAGGACAUGCAGUUUAGAUCUCUGCAUGCUAUCUGGUCAAGUCAAGUCGGUGAGUGAUUUCAUCUAGAUGUAAGGGUGUCCCAUCAGAUUUUUGUAAAAUUUAAAUCUAAUCGGGGGCUUUCUAGGAAAACCAGAGACUCCUUUUCCUUCCCUCUCCUUCUCUUCCACUCCCCCUACCCAGAGUCUGUCAUCCAUGGUGUAAUAUAUUAAAUACGAUUCACACUUUGAGAAUAUGAGUCUCAUAUUGCCAUUGACUUGGUUAUAUGUCACUCCUACUUAACCAGUCAGAUUCAAUCAUCACCUGCCCCCUUUACACAUGAAUCACACUGCUGUUCUUCUGACGGCCCUGUGCUUUGGAUUGCUGUACUCCAUGGUGAUCUCCCCUGAAAUGUAUGGUAAUUGAACUGACAUUUUAGUGUAGUACUUGUGCACUUAGCACAUGUGAUAUAGUGUGCAUUUCAGUAAACUUUAGAAAAUAUUAUGUAAUAGUUUAAAUUUAUUAGGGUGAAUAGAUAUUAAAUAAGAAAUAACAUUAAUGGUCAACAUCUAAAUUUGAGCAUAUUUUAAAGUCAGAUUUCAUCAAAAAGCCAAACUAGUCUGAGAUCCUUGAAUCGGUGAUUCAGAACCACUUCUAUAGUAGGUAUUGUUUUUUCUAAGUGACGGACUCUAUAAAUAAUGGAAAAAAAUAAUUAAAAGAACCAUUUUAAGGUAAUGCCAUAAUUACUAAUUACUAUAAACUACUGGCAGAAGGAACUCAUGAAUGUAAACUGGGGGAUAUUCAGAUUUUGCUUUGUGAAUAUCUGUGAACUACUUGUGUGUGCUAGGAGUACUGUUUGCUGUGUGUGUUAAUUUUAUUCAGUUGAGAGGAGGAAAUCUAUUUCUGCGUGCAGAAAUAUGCCAUUUAGGUUGGGAGACUCGGAGGUUUGGUAUUUAAUAAAAGAAAACAUAUUCUUUUCAUUAUAUAAUUGAUAUAUACCCAGUGCACCAAGAUCUGUUUCUUGAGUGUGAUGUGUGAACGUUUGUAUCUCUUAUAUUGAAUUGUCUAUUUGAAAUACUUGAAAGACAUUAAAGAGCAUCUAAUGCCACAUGGAAUACAUCAUUUAGAAAUAGUUAUACUGGUGUCUUAUCUGGUGGCUUUUCCUGUCCCACUUUGGCUUUUUCUUCUCUCAUUUUGUUUCGUUACUGGAAGUGCUUGCAUGUGACAACUGUCUGUUCAUAUCUUCCAACUUAUUAUCUACCUUGUCAUCAUCUUAUUUGUCCUGUUAGGUCAUCGUCCUGUCAAGAUUGAUAACAAAAAUUCAGAAGUACAGUUUUGGUGUUGGAUUUUCCAAACUUUUAAAGAUCGGUUGUCAUACAUAUUUCUCUAGUAAUAAAAUCUGGGGAAGUGAGAUUGGGAAAGGAAUGGAAAUUGUGUUCAAAACUUGUCAGUUUUCCAUAGGCGAUCUUUUCUUUCAAAAGGAAAAGGGGAAAAAAUGUGAUUUUAUGAAAUUUUAUUUCAUAUCCAGAAGGACCAUGUCAUACAAUCCUUCUGUUUUUUAAGGUACACAAUCCCUGUUGACACUUUGUAAAGGACAGAAAGAUAACCUGAUGGAUGUGCCAUUUUCUACUGGUUAGAUUGCCAAAAGUUUCCUUGUCAGUUCAGACAGGCUAGCCUCACAGUAUGAAGUCUGAACGAAGAUUUCACUUAAAACAGAACUGAGAGCCAGGCAGGGAUAUCAUAUAUUUUACUUCCACAAAUAGGAAUUGAAAGAUGGCAUUUGAGUGGUAAGGGCUUGACAGGAUAUGGUUUUUGUUGUUGUUGUUGAACUAAUCUUCUACAAAAUUCACUGUGAUCCUCUUGCGAUAUCUUUUGCGAUAUCUUUGAUGGAUUCACUUUUUGUGAGAUUUUCCUUCAAGUCAACAAAAAGACAAGUUCUUGACAGUAUUUAAUGACAGCUUUGUUACUGGAGUAGGUGAGGUGAUAUAUAGAGUAAACAUUUAAUUCAUCUUUCUCAAACCAAGAAGAUCAGGUUUGCUCCAAACAACUAUCUUUAAGUCCUAAAGCACAUCUUCCCAUGAAAAUCUCAGGAAAACAUUUACAAGUUAAAUUGUAUGUAAGUCUAGUGCUGGUGGUAGUCAGUUUGUAAGGGGGGAGAAAUGACAAUUUCUGUCCUUCUGUGAAAAUUAAGCUUCAGCCUAUUUUGUUAGACCCAGGAAUGCUUAUGCAUUGAAUUCCUAUACUUUCUUAUGGUCGAUAUCAAAACAGUAAAACAUUUUCCACAGUCCACAUGUAGAUUUGAUAGCAGCUUUCUUUUAGUGAGAUCAAAGAGCUUUCACGUGUACAAGUAUUCCCCAGCUUAAAAACCAGGUUGUGCUCCUAGAGUUCAUUUAUAAGAUAAAGAUUCAAAUACAUUUUCCAUCCACACAGUAUUCUGUAGCUGGUAGUUAGAUCCCCAGACUAGCUCUCAAAAGUCUCUUUAACUUCUAAUGUAGUUGAAUUACAGUACUAGUCUUGAGUUUUACAUUCUAGGAGCAGAAGGCCAUGUGACACGGUGAGAUGGCAAAAGAAUAGAGUCGUCCUCCUUCCUGUCCCUCCUCUCUGCCUCCUUUUCUGGACACAGGCUAAGGUGUAGGCAAAAAAAAAAAAUUAAAUCGACAAAGGUUACCUUUGUCAUCCAUUUCACUGUCUGUACUUCUCAACCACCUCUGAGUGCUUUUCUGCUGGUGUUCUCAUGUGGUCCAACAUAUUCCCUUAGGGAUGCCCCUAUCUCGGUUUACCUUACCCCCCAAAAGGGUUCCACGAUGCAAAAUUUUCUACCUCCCAUCCCCUCAGUCAAAAUUACCAUUCUAGCAAUGCAGCCAAUAGUGGGAGGCAGGCAAUCUUUUUGAACAAAUUCACAUUAGUGUGUGAGUGACUAACCGUCACAAAGAAUUUACAUUUUUAAAUGAUAAAAAAACUUAUUAGAUCAUUUAACUCUCGAGUGAAAAUCAAAAAAUAUUGAUUGAGAAGAGCGAGAUGUUUUUUCAGUAUAAAGGCUUGCCCCACAGAGAAGGCCAGCCCUACAUGGGAGUAUGUCCCUGGUCAGCUUGCCCUAAGGUUCUUUUCCUUUUGUCAGCUUCAUCCCUUCUUCUGUUUUUGAACCUACAGAUUAUUUGAGAGCUUUUCUGUGAUUAGAGAAAGAUUGGUUGAAGAUUGCUCGUGUUCUGAUUCCUUACAAUGCUUCCUAUUUUACAAAUAGGCCGGAGAGGUUACACCACCGUGAAUUGGCACUGAAGGCUUAAGUUUCCAGAAGUGCUUCUUAAACUUUAGUGUAGGCUCUCCUCUUCUUAAUUUCUUGAGUGCAAUGCUCUGUCCUCUUAAGUGAUUCUGUGGGCCAUAGAGGGCCUAUUAUGAUGAUAGUACUUUUUCAGUGAGGUUGCAAGCAAUAUUAAACCUAGAUGGACCAACUACCAUUUUAAAAAUGCAUUCUAAAUUUCAGUUGAUUCAUGUAUUUGUGGAAUAACUAUAUAUAUAUGCAUAUAUUUUUGAUUAUAUAUAUAUAUAUUAUAAUUAAAUGCCACAUUUAAUUAUCUAUUAUACACAUUACAUACGUGCGUACGUGUAGUGGUACUUGCCAGCCCAUGCAGGAGAACGUUAGCAGCCCACAACAUACUUUUGAGGAUGCACUUUUUUCUGGUUUUAGUGUUAAUAUAGUUUAUAAAAGUGCAUUAUGUAAUUAAAAAUAAAGUGAUGAUGCUUAACACCAUCCUGUGACUUUGAUCCCCCAAAUUCCAUGGGGUGACUGAUUACCAUGGAUAUUAAAGAAACAGUGUUUCCUCAACAUAGAUCCUGACACUUCAACUUAAUGUCAUAGGAUUUCCUAGAGUUGAAACAAAACACAAUUAAGACAAAACCAAAAUCCUCUGAAAGUUAAGUUUGCUUUCAUCAUAUAUGCAAGAUGUCCCCUCCAAGUUUACUUGAGAGCAAGCAGGUUUUUAGCUAAAUGCUUAUAAAUAUUUAUGUAAUGUCCUAGUUAGGAUUAUGCACUAAGCUCACUAACCCCAAGAGGCAGAUACACAUGCAAACACACACACAAGGCUUAUUUUGGUGACUAUGGUUCUUUCCUUCUAGUUGUCUAAUUACAUGAACUAAUUCAGUAUUCGAAGACAUUUAUUAAGUAGCUAAUUGUGUGAUGCCAUACUAGUAAGCAUUGUACUAACUGCUAAUGGAUAUUAACAUCUUAAAAUCAAGUAUCUGUCAUGUCCGAUGGCCUUUUAGAUGUAAUUGCCUCUUUCUUCCCUCUAUGUUAGUAUUAUUUAGAUAGUGUUCUGAGUAUUUGAGUCUUUUCUCCAAUCAUCCUUCCAAAGUUGAAAAAAAAAGUUGAACAGAAGUGUGAGUUUCUUGCAUCGUGUGACAUCUUGUUGUUUUUAAACCUCAGGAAUUCACCUAAUUUAGCAAAUCUUUAUUGGGCAUCUGAAAUUGAUGAAAAGAAUUCUCCACAGAAACAAGUUUUAAGGAUGUCACUCGAUUAUUUUACCCUUCAAGUAAAUGUUUUCCACGCUGACCUUUCCAAAACAAAAAUGAUUUUUCAGCUAAACCACAGAGUACAAAAGUUUAAGGAGAAUGUGUUCUUUGCCAGAGGAAGCGUUCUCUUAUUCAGUAGGCUCUCUAACCACAUUAGUAUCUUUAUGUUGCUUUGUUGACAAGCACUUUGGCAUUUUUGCACCGAUCCUCUGAUUCGACUAAGUAUUGUACUAGCAUGUUCUUACUGCAAUUCUCAAUACAGUAAAGGGCAUUAAGUGGAAGUUGUAUGCAAUUUAAUGUACAUGCUAUGGUACUUAAAAACUGCUAUGGAAUAAAAGGUCCCCAGUGUUUAGAUAUUGUAGUACUUAUUUCCUUUGAUAAAUAUAUGGUGGCGUUAAAUAUCCUAUUUAUUUUGCUUAAUUUUUAAAUGUUUUCUUUAAAGCACUGUACAUGUUGACAUUCAAGUUUGCAUUGUACUGCCUUCUUCUCCUUGUAAGGCUGACUCCAGUAGUGCGUUCUACAGUUUGUGUUUCCUUGUGCAGUGCUGCUGAUAAACAGCUCUCACUUUGAAUCUACAACAUGCCAAAGACAACAUAGAAAUUGUAUUUAUUUUUGUUCUUGUUGAAACUCUGUGAUCAACAGUUGUGGAGAUACCAUGUUCAAUAACUGGCAUUCUCUGGGUACUAGAAUAAAAAGGCUGUAACUUUAUAAUACCUUAUAAUUGACCACACUUGAUCAUUUAUGGGGUGUAUGGGUAUAAAACUUUGAGAUGGCUGUUUUUAUAUUAACCUUGUACUGCUUAUUGUAUGAUUCAUCUACUUUUCACUGUAUUCAAAAUUUACUUGUGAAAGUGUUUCAGAAUAUAUCUGUUUACUCUCAUUCUUAAAGCUCUUUCUGCUGUAAGAUCGUUCCACUGAUUUCCUUUUUUUUUUUUUUUUUUUUUUUUUUUUGUAAAGCAAGAAAACUCAAAUUACUGAGUUUUGAGUGCAAGACCAUAUAAAAAUGUUUAAGACUUAGGUGGGGGGCAUCAAUGGGCCUUUGUGUUGGAGGAUUGGUCUUUUCUGCAGUAAAUACUAAUUAAGUUAAUGUUGAGGUAUCUGUUUGUGUUCUUUAAAGCUUUGAAUCAAGUAUCCUCCUAGAA